AUGACGGUCGACAACAAACUACAUGUUCUCGUGGUAGGCGCAGGAUUCGGGGGCCUGGGCUGUGCCAUCGCGUGUAAACGACAAGGAUUCGACGUGACAGUCUUCGACAAAGUGGCUAAAUUCGCGCCUAUUGGAGACUCCAUUGGAUUUGGGUGCAAUUCUGCGCGUCUCUUGAAAAGAUGGGGUCUCCUCGACGACAUGUUACCCUUAUGCUCGAAGGUAAAGCUUGCUACCAUACACGAUUACACUGGCAAGCUUUUAGCAACAGACCCAUCUCAGGGAGAUGCGGAGGAAGAGUUUGGAGUGCCAUCUUUGAUCGGGCACAGAGGCCAUCUGCACCAAAUAAUGCUCGAUCAUGCUGCUAAGCUCGGCGUUGAUGUGAGACCUGGAUCAGAGGUCGUGGAUUAUGACUCUGCAAAGCCGAGCAUCAUUCUCAAAUCCGGGCAAGAGAUUACCGGAGAUGUUGUUGUUGUAGCGGAUGGUGUGAGAAGCGUCGGAAAGACGGCAGUCCUUGGGUACCAUGAUAAGCCCCAGCACAGUGGCUACGCAGUUUGGAGAGCAUUCGCUGAUGGAACCGCGCUUCGCGAUGAUCCGCUUGUGCAGAAUCUUGUGAAAAAUGACAGCCUUGGGCUCUGGAUUGGACCUGAUAUCCAUGCUCUGGCACUUUCUUUCGACGGUGGAUCGCUUAUCAACAUGGGCGUUACUCACAAAGAUGACGCCGAUAUAGAGGAGGGCUGGCGCGUCCCUGCCAAGAAGGAGGAUGUUAUGGAGUUGAUUCGCGACUGGGAUCCUGCAUACAAGAAACUAUGGGAACACACGCCCCCAGAAAAUAUUCUUGAUUGGAAACUUGUUUAUCGACCCUGUUUGGAAAAAUGGGUCUCCGAUACUGGCUUAGUUACGAUCACGGGAGAUGCGGCGCAUCCGUUCUUGCCCUCAUCUUCCCAAGGUGCCAGUCAAGCCAUUGAGGAUGGUGCUACCAUCGCUCUGUGCCUUGCAAAAGCUGCCAGCAAAGCGAAUAUUCCGUUGGCACUGCAUACUUUCUUUGAGAUCAGAUACGAACAUGUGGCUGCAGCACAGCAUAUGGGCAUUGAGCAACGAGAUGAAUGGCAUCACAAUCAUGAAGAUGGCCAGCUGACAAAUACUCCGGACUUCUCUAAAGGCAUGCUGAAGACUAGAUCUUUAUGGGGACACGAUGCGGAGAAAGUAGUGGAAGAAGAGUGGGAUGCUAAGUCAGCCUUAGCCCGGGAAAAGUAUGGUGUCUAG